AUGUUUGUGAAGAAGUAUAAUGGAAUGCAUGUUAUUGUGUUGCUCUUUGUGGAUGACAUGAUUGUUACUGAAGACAAUACUGAGGAAAUUAGUAAGCUUAGGGAUGAGCUUUCUAUUCGGUUUGAAAUUAAAAAUUUAGAUGAGUUGAGCCACUUUUUUGGAUUGGAAGUUGAGAAGGGUAUUGAUUAUAUUUUUGUCUCUCAAAAACACUAUGACUCGAAGCUUGUUGAAAAUUUUGGUUCGAAGGAGAGCAAGUCAUGCUCUAUUCCUAUGGAUACAAAUAUGAGAUUACGACAGGGUGAUGGUAAGGCAAUUGAGGAUCCAAGGCUUUAUCGAACACUUAUUGAUAGCUUGUAA